AUGGCCAACUGCGCGGGAUGGAGCGAGGAACCGGUCUCUAAGGACAAACAACGACCUCCGAUAUACAAUCCCGAGGAUUACGCGACAUCCCUCAAGAAAUGGGGGAAGAAGACGAGCGGAGGGAAUCUCUACGAUGUAGACCCGGGGCAGGACCCCAAUAAGGCGAGGACACUACCUUCGCAGGGUAGCAAGGACUUCAGAAAUCCAUGUUUGGGCGUUGGUGAAGAAAUGAGCCUUCGACAAUUUGGAUCAGCGAGUGAACUUCUAACUAAACUAAGGGCAGAUCUAAGGCUAUCAUUUCCAAGUUUCGUGCAAGAGUUCGCGAGCGAGCCGCUAGAUGGCGUAUCGCUACUUUUGGAACUGUUGCGCAAUGUUCAACUCAGUCAGGCGGGCGAAGGGUCGCGUGGACCUCCAGCUGUUCGCCGUAGACCUCUGCUGGAUGAGCUGGCUUGUUUGCAAUGUCUGUGGAGCUGCUGUACCAGGUAUGCAGAAUGUGUCAGAAGAUUGGUCGUUUGUUCUAACGGAGUGUACGGCCUCGCUGUCUGCAUCAUGUCUACUGUUAACAAGUCUAGAAUACUCGCUUUACAGUUACUCACGAAAGCCUGCUAUCCUCCCGCAAAUGGCCACAGCAUGGUAUCCGAAGCGCUCUCCACUCUUCGCCUUCGUUACGGCGAACCAGUCCGCUUCAGGUUUUUGGUGGGCAUGCUGCAGAGCACCGGUGGUUCUGGGGAUCUCCAAGCAGCUGGUCUAGCCUUCAUUAACUCCUUGUUAACCAGUGCACCCUCCCCGCAGAGGAAACUUUAUAUACAAGCUGAGCUGGAGCAAGCCGGUUUUGAUGUCGUCACUUUGAAAAAGAUUGUUGCUAAAUUACCAAAUCCCAACGAACACGUGAUGAAAGAGAUAGACAAUUAUGAGAGACAACUGAUAGAUAUCGACACACUGAGCGAGAAAGCAAAUGAAGCACAGAAAGAGAAAGAUGAUCUUCGACAUAAGCUAGAACUGCUAGAGAAAAGAGUAAAGAUUUUACAAGAAGAGAAAGGCAUCCUACUAUCAUUAGAGAAAUGUCUAAAAGAAAAGUGUUGCGAAUUACAAGAAGAAGUAAGCACGCUCCGAUCCGAAAACGGCAGUUCUAGCAGGAAGAAAACGUUUGUGAUAAAGAAAAAAAACUCCGCACAUAGAAAGAGAGACGAGUCAUCGCCACCUGAAGAUGAAGGCAUAAGUUCAUCUGAAAGAUCUCUUAGUCCUGAAGGGGACCCACAGAAAGAAUCUAUGGUAUAUGAAGUAUUUAAUAUUAAAAAUGAAACAUACGAUUUGAUGCGCAAUAAGCGGCCUUUGCAUAAGAAAUUAGAGAGCACAAAAAAGAUUGACCACAAAAAGUCUACAGACGAUGAAGAUGAAACAACCAUAGAUGAGGUCAUUCAAGAACUCAGGAACAUCGUCAACCACGCUGAAUCCGAACAAUACUUGAAUAGAAUGCGUGAUAGUAAAUGCAAAAGUAAUAGAACAUCGGACACUGACUAUCAAAAAGAUAGAAGCGAGGAAAAAGAAGACUCUGUAACCAGCACUAGACAUAGCAUCCAUAUAACAAGUAGUAAUGAAUUCGAAGGCAAUAACGAUGACGAAGAAGAAGAAAUCGUACCCAGUAAGAUUCUACCCCAUCCACCGAGAAAGGCAAAAAGUCUCGUUCAAUUGUUUCCACCUGUCGAGCAAGGACUUCUUUAUAAUAAACCGCAAGACUUAUUUGAAGACGCUUAUUAUUCUAGUGAUGAAGGGUCCGAUUCUCUACUCAGCGCAUCGCGAUGUUUAAACCAAGUCAAUAACAAGGAUUCCAUGUCCAGCUUUGAUUUUAACAAAUGCCGCGCAAAGUUUAACGAAACGGUUGAAAGAGAAACGGAUGAUAUCAAGACGAAACGUAAUAGAACGAGAUCGAGAGACGAAUCUAGAAAAACAAGUGUGAAAAGAAGUGAAUCUUUUCAAACAUCCGAGAAGGGAUCUCGUCAGCGUGAAUAUAUUGAUAGCAUAUUUGAUAGUCACAUGUCUUUAAUCGAAACGUCAGUGCAGCGUUCGAGUUCAAAGUGUAGUAGAGUCGACGAAAUUGUAAACCUCAUAGAAUCUAAGAAGCUGACGAAGAGUCUCGACAGAAUAGAUGAGGGACUCAAUUCAAUGGUUGAUAUCGUGAUGGUCCCUGAACCGCAGAAGACAACGUGGUCGUAUGAAAAGCGACAGAGGUCUGUCUCUCGCACGAACAGUGAAAUCGAUGAACCACCUUUAAUACCCAGAUCAAAUAGCCGAACAUAUGAAAAAGAAGAGCUUAAAAGCGAGAAAUAUUCUACUAAACUAAGCUCAGGGUCGUUUGACACAAAUUUCACAAACACGUUCAUGAUGAAGCGAGGGAGCAACUCUGGGUUCUACUCUGGGUCCCCUAUGCUAAGAGACGCUCCUGCCAGCAUGACCAGUCUGGUGAUGAGUGGGACGCACAGCUAUAGCGAUUUGAAGAGGACAUUUUCUCCCGUUAGUUCGAAUAGCUAUGGCCUUAACAAAGUGACAGAUAUGCCUUCAGGAUUGUAUUAA